AUGUAUGAGGGGCCACAGCAAGUGCUCUCAGGUGCUCACCCGCUGCCACUUUUUCACCCUGAGAACUCUGUCACACGACCACACGUAUCCCCGUACCUGCCAGCUCCCCAGCGCCCGCAUCCAUACUUCACGCACGAGCUGCCGGAACUACCGCAUUUCAAGACGACGAGGCCGAUUGUCUACACGGUGGGCACAAUUAAGCAACGCAUCGUGGCGCCCGUCUUUGAUCUGGCGAACAAGGUUUCGCACACUCGCGAGUUGGACCCUUUCAUAUUCGGCUUAUACCCAGAAACCGAGGAGAUGGCAAAAAACCUGAGCUACUGGCUCGUGCGUUGUCAGAACUUUUCCAGCAAGUGGGACUACGAGAACCGAGAGAUAUGGCGAAAAGCCAAAAAGAACUGGCCAAACACUGGUAUGGGCAUGGCCCGUGUUGGCGACCGCAAAAACCACGCCCACCCAUGGGGGGCACACUCCAAGCCGGUAAAGCCGUGGAACAUGCUUAUGCCAACGAUGGACGUGAAGACGUGGAGCAAGAGCAACCGCAUGCUCGUCACCCUCAAGAUGCUGCAGGGAAGGCUGCAAAUUGUGGAGCGUCUGACGCUGCCGGAGCCCACGCAAGAGGCGUACUUAGAGCUGUGCCGCACCAUGGGCUGGGAUGUGCGCCACAAGGGCGGAGGCGCACUCUUUAUGGACGGUGGCUCGCGGCUGACGCCGAGCAGCGAGUACGACCGCGCAUUCUUCUUUGGUAGCUUCUUCAAUGGCCGCAACAAGCUGGUCCGACCGACGCUCUUGUGUGAUGAACCCUAUGACUACAACCGCACCUCUUCCAAGGUGCGCACCAAAGGCCCAAAGGGCCAGAAGAACCCCAUCCCAAUCAACCGAUUUAACGCCUACGACGCCCUCACUCACGACACGCUCAUUAUUACCGAGGGCGCCUUAAUGCAACUGGAGGAUGAGAUGUAUACGCACAAGCUUGCGAUACUGCCCCCGCACAUUCGUGCGCAGUUGCCAGAGCGUGGAUUUCUCGACAGUGAGGUGUUGGGUGACGUCCCACCGGCGCUGCAAACGAUCCAGAUGGAGGCAGCAGCACGCACAGAGGAGGCGGAGCAGGUAAUGUAUGCUCCGUACUACGACAACCCCUAUCACCCAUGGAAGGACGAGGGUGAGGCGUCGUACGCGAUAGAUGCUGUUGAGGGGACGGUGCAGCGCUAUGUCAAGUCUCGCAAGACGUCUUGGGUAAUGCUCUCGUAG